AUGAGUGGGCCACAGCAGCGUCGCUCGCGGAGCCCUGAUGACGCAGAAGCUCCGUUGUUAAGGAAGCGGGUGUGCCGGGAAGCACCAUCCUUCAUUGGCGGUGAGAGCGCCAUGGAGCGACGGGGCGGUCUGUCAGCCGCGGAGUGGCAGCAGCUGUACGAGCGGGUGAUGCCGAAUCCGUGCACGAUGAGUGAUUUUCAAAAGGUGGUUAUUGAGGGAAAAUCGCACAACCAUUUCUUUGCAAAGGAUCUGCACAAGUUGGUUAUGGAACUUCGCGUCAUUUUGGAGAGCCACGGAGAGCUUAGAAUGGCGGCCAACUUGGCUGUGAAGGGGCGUAAACCGGAUCUUGCCCACGGGGUGGCAGCUGCCCUAAAGUGUUUAGAGUCUGAGCGAAGGCAACUUCUUGCUGAGAGUCUUCGUGGAACAGGGGUGGACGAAUGCUGUGGUUUACCGUGUAACGUGUCAUGUAGGACGUCGGGACAAACAGCUGUGGAAGCGGCGACUUCGUCAACAGUUUCACAUUCCUCAACGAUUGGCCUUGGUCUUUUGCGGAGCUAUCGAGCACUACAGUGCAGCGCGGUAGUUUCCGACCCUCCUUCAAUUCAAGCAGGAGUGGGUGACUUGCGUGCAGCGCCAUUUGCCUCUGUGUGUGAGACAGAUGAUGCUUUAUUGUUGAAUAGUUUAAUUUCACCUUUUAGUCGUGUGAUGUGCGUGGUUAAGCGAUUUCAAUUGCGUUUUGGUAGUGUUCCAUUGCGGUUUGAAGUUCCUGUACAGUUUGUGGAUGCCGUCGUGGCUCGACGGCUCCGGGUGCAGCUUACGCCUUUUCGUCACCCAGCGAUCCCCGUGCGAUGGCCGACGGCGAAAGACAUCGUUGUGUAUGUGAACGAUCAGUGCGUAAUGACCCCAUGGAAACGUUCAUGGCCUGAGCGCCGUGUGGAGGUGGCGAAAACGCUUCUUUUGCUGGAUAUCACUCAGUUUCUCAACCGGAAUGUUUCCUUCCAAAAGUUACAGAUUAAUGUCUUUUCGAGAGAGUACUUUAGUCAGGUUGCACUGCUGAUUGUACAGCCAGUGCCUCCGGAUGAAGUGGUAACUACCCUGGUGAAACCGUUGCUUAGUCUGCAUGAGGAGACACGGGACGCAGCGAUUUUUGACCUCUACCACAAGGUGGUAGAGGACGAAGAUGCAUUUUUGGACGAGGUUGAGGCAGACGAUCCUGUAAUAACGAGUAAAUGCCCCAUCUUGCAAACACGUAUUAGCAUUCCCAUUCGUGGCUCACGCUGUCAACACCUCCAGUGUUUUGAUUGCCUCUCAUUUUUGCUUAGCUGCAACAAGGGUUGCUAUUGGAACUGCCCCUUGUGCGAUGCGGAGCUUCGUCCAUGCGACAUCGUGGUGGAUACUGUCCUCUGGCGGUACCUCCAGCAGAUGGGAGAUGCGUGCCCGCUGCAUUUGCGGCUGGAGAGCAAGCACAAGGCGAAGACGGGAAAGAUGCAAAAAGAGAAGGAUACGGUGGAGGGCCUGACGACGGCACCAUUCUGUUGGGUGCCGCAUCGAGUGGCGAGUGAUGGGCACGGUGUCCUUCUGGACGAUACGUACAAUGACGAAGGCGACAACCGCGACGGGAGUGUGGGGGGUUCUGCACCUCACUUACGUGCCCGUUCCGCAGUUGUGAACGGCGGCCAUGCUGUUAGAAGGGAAGGCGAGACGCAUGGGACGCUGGGGAUAGAUGGUUCGAACGCAGACUUUGACAAACUGUUGGGAACUGCUGACUGUCCGAUUGAGCUGUGA